AUGAGACCAGAAGGAGCUCCCACCACCUGGAAGUUGACUGAAAUCGAUUUUGACGCCCAAACGCUUGCAUUAGAAUUGAUUAAUCUUGUGACUGAUGCCAGAAAUCCGUUUGCUUUUGAAGCUGGCACAUUACUGCGACAUCCGUUUUUUAUCCGUUACUGCCAAUUUGCGUUACCCAGACUAAUUAAAGAGCAGGUUAACGGGGAAAUUGUGACAAGGUUAAAAAUGAAAGAAAACAUUACAGUAUGGAAGAAAUCAUUAGGUGAUGGCCAGUCUUCGCAUGAAAAUUUCAGCGAUUUUGAGAGGAUCCUUUUUAUAGAAAAUAAAGACAUAGAAACUUUAUUAACUGAGGCGUCCACAAGAACACCUCAAUUACUUUCGCAAUACAUUUGGCAUCUUUCCACCAGCGCCUUCCCUAAUGGAAAUGAUGUAACAGGGAAGGUUCUAGGAAAAGGAAGCUUUGGAAAAGUUUACGAAUAUUAUUAUUCCAACAAAGAUGGAGUACGAAUUCUGGCCGCCUUCAAAAAAUGUAAACCGUUAUCGGAGGGACAAUCGUGGAAGGAAGAGGCACAACACGUAUUUGAACGUGAAAUCAUUGCCCUUUCGCAGUUGAACCAUCUAUUCAUCAUCAAUUACCUAGGAGUAGCAGAAAUGACCAACGAAAAGUAUAUUGUAAUGGAAUUGUGCGAGGGGUCCUUAAAAGACUACUUUAAUGGAAAUCUGGAACAAGUUCCUAAAGACUCGUUGGAUAACAAAAUAAUAAUAAGUCAAGUGGCCCUUGGUCUGGCCUACAUGCACAGCAAAGGAAUUAUCCACAAGGAUUUAAAACUCGAUAACAUCCUUCUCAAACGCCAAUCCCCUACAUCUCCUCUCGUUUUGGCUAAAAUCACUGACUUCGGAUUGGCUAAAGAAUUCAAUCCAGAAUCUUCUCGUUUCAGUGACACUAUCCAUCCAGGCACACCAUCUUACAUGGCACCCGAACUUCUCUGUGCUUCUCAUGGUGCUUAUCCGGUCAAUUUUGCCAGCGACGUGUAUUCUUUCGGGAUAACGGUUGCGCGAAUUGCGUUGAAAGGAGAUCAUCCUUUCACCAGAAGUCAACAACUCAUUUCAAUGAGAGAAGGGCUGGUUCCACCAAAACUUCAUGAUCUCAGCUGGGACUUGAUUGAUUUGAUCGUCAACUUAAUAGAUAAAGAUCCAACAAAACGUCCUAGCAUGGCCUUAGUUUUAUGCCAUCCAUAUUUCAUCUUGACAAAUGACAAGACCAAAAGGCAUUUCGUCGAACAGCUUUGGCCUGAUUUAAGUUUGGACAAUAGAAAAGAUCAAAUGAAAAAAAUUUUCAACAGACACAAUUUCCAGGAGUGGUACAGAACAAUCACUGCUGAUAAGCCAGAAACUGCCAAAGAGAAGGAAGAUAUGGAGAAAACCUUGCAACUGUUCAAAAAUAGUCAAGGAGAUUGUACAGCAGAAAGCUUGUAUCCCGUCAAAAAAUACAAACAAAAAAUUAAGAAUGCCUUAACGGCGGAAUACGAUGCUAAAGUUGGACACCAGAUCGAGGAGAUCUCUUCAAAUCACUAUCUGUUUGAUUAUUACCAAUCCAAAAGUCGCACAAGUUCAAGACAUGAACCCAAAUCGGUUCACAAGGAGGUCAAUCCCGAAAACGAAGAUAACUCCGGGAAACAAACUAAUCAGAAAACUUCAAAGCAGUAUCUUCAACACCACCUAUCCCGAAAUCGACUGCACAAGCUGAUUCAAAAUAAGCCAGGGCUGUUGGUGUCUUACAUCUGGUUUUGCUUAGCUGAAAUAGCUAACAACUCGCCCGCCAAUUCUUCGACAGCGACAACUAGUCAGCAAAAGCCGACUGCGCCAGGCGUAAAAAAACAUCAAUUGGCGCAAUUCAGACAUUGGAUUACCAACGAGUUGCAAUGGUGCAGUUUUUUCUACGAUGACGAAAAAAUCGCUGAUGAACUAUGGAAAAUGAAGUAUCCUGAAACUUCCGAAACCACGCAGGAAUCAAAAAAGGAAAUUAUACGAACAGCGGCGAAAUGCAACAUCUCACUAGCUGUUUGGACAGAAGUACUCAAGUGGAUGGGAAAGAACGCUUCAGCUUUGCUUCGUGAAGUAGUUCAAAGCCACGUUCCAAAUGCUCCAAAAGUUGCAGAAAUGAUUCUCGAAAAGCAUUGGUUCAAGGAAGAACAAUUUUCUUCGUUGCAUUUGGCAGCCUUUAAUGAAGGAAACUACACAGACCAAAUAAUGCGAGCAUUACUUGAUAGCAAAAAAAUUCCAACAGCGACUGAAGAUGGACUUAGCCCGGUUCACAUCGCAGCCCAAAAUGAGUCAAACUGCGGAGGUAGACUAUUAAAACUUCUCCUGGAUAAGGGUGCGGACCCAAAUGCUUGUUUCCAAGACGGAACUACGCCCGUCCAUUGGGCAGCCUUGAAUCAGGGGAAAUACGCAGCCGAAAUUUUAAAAUUCCUACUCGAUUGCGGUGGCAAUAGCGAUAAAAUCGAUGAAUAUGGUUUGAAACCAAUUCAUUAUGCAACGUUGAAUACUAGUGAUUCUGCAUUCACACUGUUGGACGUGCUACUUAAAAAACGAGGUGCCAACGCCAUUGACAGCACUGGAAGAACGUUACUUCUUCAUUUUGCAGUGUUGAACGAAAGAGAUUGUGUGCACGGAAAAGGAAUCCUGAAAAAAUUACUUGAAAAUAGAGAAAAUCCCAAUAUCGGAGAUAACGAGGGUUGCACCCCUCUUCAUUUAGCAACACGUGACGAAACAUUUCAGCGAACUGAAAGUAUUCGACUUAUUCUACAAUAUCGCAGCAAUCCGAAUGCUGCUGACCAAUUAGGACGGACACCUGUUCACUACGCUGCAGCUAAUGAAGGAGAACAUGCUUAUGAAUACCUUAAGCUUUUGUUGGCUUUCAAGGGAAAUUUGAACAUUAGGGACAAAGAUGGACUCACACCUACUCAUUAUACCAUCAUCAAUAAAGGAAAAUGUGGGGACGAAAUGAGAAAACUAGUUGGCGUCAACCCACAAAAAACAAACGCACACCUCAACAACAAUGGCGAGUCGUUGCUUCAUCACGUUAUCGCUAAAAAUGACGUUCAACUGGAGAUUGUUCAAUUGGCAAUCCAAAACGGGGGCGAUCCGAACGCAAUAGACAAGUCUGGGCGCUCUUCUGUUCAUUCAGCCAUCUCGCUGAAUGAAUCACUUGUAGGACUAGACAUAUUAAAGCUGCUGCUUGCAAAUGGAGGAAACGUUAACCUUCAGGACAAGGAGAAAAAAUUUACACCUGUUCAUUUAGCGGCAUCUAGUUUGGGAGGAAGGUUGCCUGAAAAGAUGAAGAUUCUUCUUAAAAGCGGUGGAGAUGUUAAUACGCAGGGCAACGAUGGGAUCACGCCCCUGCAUUUAGCGGUUGCGAAUUCGGGAAUUUACGCACCUCAACUGACGAGGAUAUUGCUCAAAUUUGGAGCUGACGUGAAUGCAAUUGACGUUAAUCAACGAACGCCCUUACAUGAGGCAAUCAGAAAUGAAAACGAUGACAUUAGUUUUGACGCGAUCCAGCAGCUGAUCGAAAAAGGCGCAAAUCCGAACGCUCGUGACAGCAAAGGACUAACACCGGCCCAUUACGCCGUAAAAUACAGAAGAGGCAACUCUGACAAAGUGAUGAAGCUUCUGUUACAACAUGGAGGCAGUAUGAAGAUCAAAGACAAUAAAGGGAUGACGCCACAACAUCUUGCCGAAUAUUUCCUGCCAACUGCUUGACUGCAAAUAAUAACAUUCUUCUUACAGAACGUCGCGGCGCAAUUACCUUGUUUUAACUUAGUCAUUACGUAGUAUUAAAAAAAUUCGUCAUUAUGCUAAUAAACGAUAAAGGAUUUCCCGGGAUUUCCCUAGUGCCUAAUCAAUUUCCCCGUUUUCUGAUAAAUAUAAUUAUACGCUUUCUCCUCCAUUUUAUCCCGAUUA